CGAGGUGUACAUGAACGCAACUUUGGCCGUAUCGUGACGACAGUGUUAAGCGACCAAAUCCGCUGCGUUCUUUUCUGAAAACUACCAAAUAUACCAAUUUAAUGUGUUGUAAAUCAUAAAAUACAUAUAUGCAUACCCUAUUUAACCUGUCUAUUCUUACUUAUGGGUUAAAAAAAUCCUUUAUUUCCCUUUGUUCUGCAGAGGCGAACUCUGUUGCCAUGGUAACAUCUGCUAGCCUCUCAGAGCCAGGAGCUCCCAAUCCCUACUGGGAUACGUAGUUCCAAAAAGUCUUCAUCGUCCCAGGAUUUCAGAAAAAUUAUAGUUGAGUCACUCCGUUACCCAGAACCCUUUGCCAUCCGCGUUAGUGUUAGUUACGCUUACUCGGGGGGGUAACUUUUUCCAACUCAUUCUGGUUUACCUAAUCCUGAUACGCAAUUGAAAUAACAAGACACUCCAGAAUGGGAUUAAGGUUUACCUCGUAACUGUAUACAGAUGCAAUAAGAAGGUGAGAUGGCAGCAGCAGGGGAUAAUUCUCACCUGUUCAGGUGGAAAAGACUCGCGUCUGUCCACAAGAAACCCGCGAAGAACGAUGACAUUGAUGAGUGGAGAAAGCGCGUGGAGAUGGCCUCUGAGUUUGCCGUGUCUGAAGUCUUCCCCCGGAGGACACCUCGAUCAGGAAUAAACAGGGUAGCUGUGCCUUUGCAGAGCUGCGAACAGUUGAGGGAUCAUGAUGACGCUUACAGCGAAGCUCAGGCUCUUCUUGAUGAUUGGCUGAGCCAGAAGCUACGCGUUGAGCUGGACAUGGAGGACGAUGACUUGAAGGACCAUGCUGAAAACACACAAUCACCUGCUGUAGCUAGUGCCCACCCUGCCUCCAUUGCUUACAAUAAGUUUGACGAUCUGUAUAAGUGUCUGGUUGAAGAAGAAGAAGAAUUUGCUGUUGAGAGCUUCCUCCAAGAUCUAAUGGAGCAAGAGCUGCUGGACCCUGGGAUGAUGGAGGAGUUGUCUCUUGACGACAGAGAGAGGCAGAAGAAGUUUAGGAGCCCAACCGUCACCAUGGAAGCGCGACAGCGGCAGGUGCGGGAGAACAGGGCGCGCCGGGAGGCCGAGAGACAGAGGAAGCAGAGGGAGAAGGAGGCUCAGCGGGAAGCCUGGAAGGAGGCCAAGAGGAAGGAGCAGGAGGAGGAGAGGAGGAAGAAGCAACAGGUACACAGGGAGGAGGAGAUGGUGCAGCAGGAGAUGGUGAGACUCAGACGGCUGAUGGAGGAAAAGAAGAGCCGGGAACAUUUUGCUCGUCAAAGCGAGAAAGAGAGGAAGGUGCAGAGAGAAGUCAGAAGCCUUGAGUCAACCCCGUCGCUCCCCUCGCAGCAGCAGCUGCAGGACCGUAGCAGACUGCAGCAAGAAGUAAAGAUUCAACCAAAGAUUAACAUGAGCCGCCUCAAGUGUCUGCACAGGCAUCUGUCUGGGUGGCACUCGGUGGUGUUGAAACGACGUUUACGUACGGGCAAGGCAGUGGCCCUCUGUGAUUGGAGGACGCAGCUGAGGGCGUGGCGAGCGUGGCGGGCUGUGGUGUGGGCGGAGCGUAAUCAGCGAGAGGUAGCGAGGGCGGAGGAGCGGCUACGAGCAGAGAAAAGAAAACGCCAGCUGGCUGUGGAGAACGACCGAAGGCGUCUACUGCGGCGGUGUCUGAACGAGUGGCAGCUCUGGUGUCGGAUGGAGAAGUCCCAGCGGGAGCUUUCCGCCCGGCAGCAGGAGACCAAAGUUAAAAUGGCCGCCUUGAUCAACGCCGCUUCUACGGGCAAACGCACGGCCAUAGAGACGUCUGCUGGUUCAGCAGGACGUGUCCCGCCGGAGCCUGAGAGCCAAGAGGAUGCAGGAGCCAAGAAGGAUCACUGUGCGGCAGAGAAGGAAGUCCUCGAUGCCUCUACAGGACAUCAGGGUCAAAUCUCUGUGGGUGAGGCGGCCCAGCCUCGUCAGCCGUGGCAGGUGACCCGACGCCACGCGGCCCCCACGGCCGCGGAGCUACACCACGCUCGGCGGAGAGCGAGAGAGAACGGAGCCCCCGGCACGACAGGCGGGUGUGAAAAGAGACACGCCGUCCAGCAGCAGAUCAUCACACAACAGAGGAAGCUCCUGAAGGAGCAGCAGGAGCAGAUCGCCCGGCUGAAGGCGGAGCAGAGCGUGAUGGGGCUGGAGUUGGAAAUGGAGAAGGCCGCACAGCUUACCCAGCUGUCAGCGCUGCGAGAAGCGAAGAGCUGCAGCUCGGGCCCCGCGGAGCAGAGAGCUCCGAGGCCGACGGGGGAGCCCGACAGUCGGAGCGCCCCUUCCAGCAAACCUGUCAUGAGGCAGACGUGCCCCCACCCCGCCAUCACAGCCAUGGAAACCCGAGCGCAGCAGCGCGUCGCACGAAGGCAGGAGAUCGAGGAAAUUAAGCGAAGGAAAGAGGAGGAAAAGCUGGCUGAGAUGAAGGCUGCCGAGGAACAAAGGCGGAGGGAGGAAGUAGAGGAGAAGCGCAAGGCAGCGGAAAGGAAGAGGGAGGAGAAGAGGCUGGAACGAGAGAGGGAAGCAGAAAGACAAAGGCAACUAAAAAGGCAUCAGGAGCUCACGAGUCUGGCCUGUCAACACCGUGACAGAUCGCUGUUGUCGCGUUGUGGCCUGGCGCCGUGGAAGCGCCUCGUUCAGUUAAGACACGCCAACGUGGAGCUGGCUGAGAGUCAUCACAAUCUCUUCCUCCUGAGGCGAUUCACACUGGGAUGGCUGCAGCUUGCAAGAGAGACCCGCUGUGAGAGGGAGGCCUGCGCUGACCGACUGCAGCAGCGCUUUCUGCUUCGUAGGAGCUUGAACUGCUGGAAGAGCCUGGGCGACCUGCGGAGGAUUCAGGUAGAGCGAGCCGAGCGCUUUUAUCGGAAACGCACCCUGAGAAGGUUCCUGCUGGCGCUGCUGGACCUUGUGACCCAGGAGAGGCUGGUGGAGUGGGACCAUCGAAAGCUGGCUCAGGACCACCACGACAGACGCGUCCUGCAGAGGGGUUUCCAGGCCUGGAGGCAGCUUCCUUGCGUUCUGCGGAAGGAGAGGGAGAAGGAGGCGCGACGGGAGAAGCUGAGCAGGAAAGUGGCCGAGCUUCUGCCCGAUUUCUGCUCCCGUCCGCUGUGAACGGCUGCGAGGGAGAAAAACAGUCUGCGGGCGACGAGCUGCAAACCCCGACAGUACAAAAAGCACCAAAUCAGUGGCAGGUGAUAAAGAAAAGGCUUGUUCAUUUCUCACUUUUUAUUUGAUAAAAUAAAUAAAAUCCAUCUGAAGUCCACACGUGAACACCUGAGUAAUUAAUUCAAUACAAAAGAGCUUGACGGUCAUUAGAAGCUAAAGUGGGAAGCUGCAGAAAGCUUCUCCAG